GCGCACAACACUAUUGCUAUAUUGCGGUUUGCCAUUUACCGCACACGUGCUGAGGUUUUGUGAUAUUUUUACUAAAUUAAUUUAAAUUACAGUGUCUUCUGGAGCAGAUUAAAGCGUUCCUGUGUCAAGAAAAUAUUUAGAAACAACUAAGCAUCAUUAGUUUUGAGGAAUAGUAAGAAAAUUUAAUGGCAAUGGUGACAGAAGUCAAGGCGAACGGCGGGGAGAUGGAGAAUCCUGUGGAGCUGGUGCCAGCUCUGGCUGAGAAGCCGGCCGGGCUGCCCCCGGGCAAAUAUUCACUUGUUGGCUGGGACAUGGAUACCACGGGCCGCAGGCUUAUUGACGAGAUAUGCCAAAUAGCCGCGUACACGCCCAAGCAGCAAUACUCCCAGUACAUAAUGCCGUACGGAGACCUGAACCCGGGCGCGCGGCGGCGACACAACGUGAGAGUCGUCACCGUCGGCAGAUAUCGGAUGCUCAAAGACACCAAUACUCACAAGAUACUAAAAACAAAGUCUGAAAUCUCCGCGCUGACUGACUUCCUGGACUGGCUGGAGAAGGAGAAGGGCGACGGCAGCGUGAUCCUCAUCUACCAUGAGCCGCGGCGCCUCAGCCCCACCAUGUUACUCGAGGCCCUCACCAGGUACAAGUUACUGGACCGCUUCAAAUCCAUAGUGGCUGGCUUCACCGACAGCUAUGCACUAGCCGCAGACAAGUGCAAGUCCACUGUCAAGUCUGUGUCUCUCCGAGUGCUGGCCCGAGUGCUGCUGGACGCUGACUCGCUGUCCGUUGACUCUGCCCUGGAUAGGGCUGCCGCCGCUUAUAGGAUUGUGGAGCAUCUAGCACAGGGGGAGCAGCAGGAGGUGGGUGCGGGGGGCGAGGGCGGGGACAUGCUGGACACGGCGCGGCUGUGGGCGCGGCCGGUGGCGGCGGAGCUGCGCGCGCUGCACGACCUCAAGACGCUGCUGGAGAGACAGAACACAUUUAGACCAGUAUUCGCACCACUGCUAAGGUCAGCUCGUCCGGAGAGGAAGCGAGUGACCCACCUCAGAAGGUUGCUGGCAGACGCUGGCCUGCUCUACUCCCAGCUGCAGACCGCUUGGGAAGACCACAAGCUGGAGGGACUAGAAAAGCAAUUAAAAUCCCUGACAGUGUCCGCGAAGGAUGAAGACAUUAAGGAGUUAAUAGAGAUUUUCGACUGCCAUUUCGACCCCGACAAGGAACCCAAGGGGCCCAAGCCCAGGGUACCCAGGAAUAGAACCAGGGCGACGCUGAGCUCGGGCGAGGCGGAGGCCAGCUCCAGCGACUCCCACGCGUCGCCGCACUGCUCGCCCACCAGCACCAGCGAUGUAGGCGGCGACCCUAGUCACCUGGUGAAGUCCGAACCUGAAGCAGUGGCCGCCAACUAACACCCGUCUCCAUAAAGCUUAGACUUUUCUACAUACUAUACUAUAUAGCAUACGAGGCCAUAGGACGUGACAAAACAUUUAUCGUAUUGUAAUAGGUUAAGUCUCAUUUGGAAUUGAAACUUAGUUUUGCAUGCAAACGGUGAACGCGUUAACACAUAUUAUUUUCUCUGUCACACCCAGAUAUUUUCUUUAUUUUUUUUUGCUUAUAAAAGUUCUAUAUAUAUAUAUAGUCGAUAAUGUAGUGAGUGCCUUAGCAACUCAGUGUUAUAAGAUAUAACUUUUGUAUAUCCAUAAUAAUAUUUUUGUGUCUACAAUUUCUACAUGUGUGAACAACGUUUUUGUUGUUUUAGCAAUGACGUAUACAUAAUAAAUGUAUUUUACGAUUUACACGGUUCUAGUUGGCAAUUAUGUUGUUGCUGUAAUGUUAGGGAUGAGAGCGAUAUUUUGUAUUUUAAAAAAUCACAUUUAACCGCUUGAAGAAUGUUAUAUUUAUUGUUUUUAGUUACAUUUGGAGCUCGAACGGAGAUACACAAGUACAAUUGGUUUAUACAACAUUUGUUUUAUACAAUGUGUGUGCAAUCACAUGGUAACGGAUGGACUGAUUUUUUUUUAACAUCCGUGAUAUUUUUAAAUAUUUUAUUUAUUUUGUUUUUCUUUCGCUGCUGUAGGCUGUUUACUGGGGUCACGCUUUGCCAUAGUAUGGGUCCAUACAUUUACCAUACAUUAAGCUAAAUAGAAACAAGUGUGUACCUAUUAACUUACCUCUAAUUUAGUUAGUUUUAACAUAGACUGUACAUAUAAUUUAAUUUCUUAUUUUGUUCAGAUCUCUAAUAAAUAUGUAAGUCUACAUAUGAA